AUGGCGGCGUUCUAUGCAUCCGUCGUUCUUUUGGCUUCUGCCACAGUUUUUGUAUCAGCCGACCCUUUCAUCUAUAAUGUCUACUCCUCUUCCGGAUCUCAAUCUGGGUUUGGGAGUCCUUAUGGACGUGAUGAGGUCUACAUUCGUCGCCCAGGAAUGAGCGGAAGUCCAUACUAUUCUGGAAUGGGAAACCAAAUGAUGACAAUGGGAGGAUUCCAAGGACUUCAAGGGCUUCAAGGAAUGCAAACCAUUCAAAGUGUCCAUGGUGUGCAGCAAAUGCCAUAUGGUGUAUCGGGAAGUAUGAUGGGAAUGGACACCUACGGAUCUAGCAUGUACACCAACAAGCCUCGUUUCGCUGCUUCUGAUAUGAUGGGAUCUGGACAACCACUGGUUCUCAACGGAUAUCCAAUGUACCCAAGAACCGCUGGAUAUCCAAUGGUGAUUCCACUUGGAAUGGGAUCUUUCGGUUCUUCUCCAACAGUCUACCAAGGGCAAACUGUUUCUCGCCUUCCAUUUGCAGCUACUCAACGCGCAGCCCGUUACCGUUAUUAA